AUGUACGUGCGACAGAUGGAGCACACCAAGGGCCACACACAGACGCUGACGGAUGGCAUGUGGCAUCCAUUCAGGACCGAGCUUUUUCUGACUGCGGCAUUGGAUGGCACCAUGCGAAUGUGGGAUAUGACUGCAGACCCUGUUGGCAUGGAUCAACAGCUGCCAUGUGUCCACGUGCUGAAGACCGUGGACAAGCGCAAUGUGUGCGUCGGUGGCGGCUCGGGCAAGCAGGGGGGACUCUUCCCCACCUGCUGCUGCUACUCUCCCACGGACGCCAAGAAGAUCGUCGCGGGCUGCUCGGACGGCUCGGUACAGCUCUUCUUCGACAAGGCGGGGCAGAGGUACUGCUCGCCCGUGCAUGUGCUUGCCGCGUCCGGCUCGCCGGCAGGCGGGUUGGUUUGGGGAGCUUCAGAGUUUGGACUCAGACUGGACUGGCGCAUCAGUCACUCAUCACUCGGCUGUGGUCCAAAGGAUGACUCAGUGGUCACGUCUAUGUCGCAGCAGCUUUGGGUGAUGGAGUUCCCAUUGGUUAUAUUGGUUCCCGGGUUCCUUAGGGAAUUGGAGUCUAUUAUAAAGGUAUGA